ACGGCUGCGCACAGCGCCCGGCGCCGCGCUGCUCCUCUGCUCCUCUCUCCUUUUCCUUCCCUUCCUCCUGCUCCUCCUCCUCCUCCUCCUCCUCCUCCUUCUUCUCCUUCUUCUCCUCCUUCCCUCGGUUCCGAUGGCGGCUAGUGACACGGAGAGGGCCCAGCAGCAGAUUGAUGAAAUUGAAGCCCUUUCAUCGAUCUAUGGUGAUGAUUGGUGUGUUGUUGAUGAAGAUGAAAAAAUCUAUUGCAUUAAGAUUAGUGACUGUCUGGAUCAACCAAAAUGGACCCUGUGUUUGCAGGUGAUUUUGCCACCAGGAUAUCCAACUGCAGAGCCACCUAUUUAUCAACUAAAUGCCCCUUGGCUUCGAGGACAAGAUUAUACAGAACUAGCAAAUAGCUUGGAAGAAAUAUAUCUACAGAACCUUGGUGAAAGUAUACUGUAUUUAUGGGUGGAGAAGAUACGAGAAGUUCUGGUAGAAAAAGCACAGUCUUCAGAUCCAGAACCAGAUAUUAAGAAAACCACUGAAGAAGUUGAUGAAGAUGAUGGAGAUGAUUUUCUCCUAGACUAUCAGCCCAUUCAGGAAGAUCAAAUUAAAAUGUUAAACUUCAUGACAUCUGAGAAUCAGGAAGAUGAAGAACUGCCCCCCAUACAUCAUGGAAACCCAAUCACAGAUCGAAGGAGCACUUUCCAGGCACAUUUGGCUCCAGUGGUGACAACCAGACAAGUUAAAAGAGUUCUUGAAAAAUUAUAUGAGAACAAGAAAAUUGCAAGUGCUACCCACAACAUAUAUGCAUACAGAAUAUACUGUGAAGAUAAGCAGGCCUUCCUACAGGAUUGUGAAGAUGAUGGAGAGACAGCAGCAGGUGGACGUCUUCUCCAUCUUAUGCAGAUUUUGAACGUCCACAACGUGUUAGUUGUGGUGUCCCGCUGGUAUGGAGGUAUUCUGCUGGGACCAGAUCGUUUCAAACAUAUAAACAAUUGUGCAAGAAAUGUGCUUGUGGAGUACGACUAUGUGCCAUCCACGGAAGAAUCAUCUAGACAAACUGGAAAGAGCAAAAAGAUAAGGAAGGACAACAAGAAAAGAACAGAACACUAAUUUAUUUUAAAAAAACUUUAAAAAAAUUAUUUUGCACAUAUUUAUACAAAACCCCCUGGACCUUAUUGCCUUAUCUGAUAGAGUGGAACUGUUGUAUUUGGAAGAUAAUUCAGUAAAGCCAUAGUUAUAUUUUCA